AUACACAAAAAAGGCUACGUGUGUGUAUGAAUCAAAAGCUACAAAACCCAAAGUUAGAUAUUUAGAGAUCACCAAACAAAUUGACAAGUUUCUAUCUCAUUUAUUCCAUCCAAACAUCCUAUAAAAGUCUCAUUUCUAUCAAAACUAUUUUGUGGGUAAAAAACUUUAGACACAUUAGCUGAGAGGUCAAAAGGUUUUUAACCAGACGAUAUUUCACGUGAUGUCUGGUUUGCUCGGUAAAUUAUCUCCGGCCAGACGGGUUGUAAACGGCGAUGACCUUCCUCUGUUUUACAAUGACCAGAAAUCAGUGGAUCUUCAGAGAUGUCAAAGGAACACACCAAAAGUGUCUAUCACACUUGCGGAGCUUCUCAUGAGUGUGGAAGAUGAGCAGAAUGGCCAUAGUCGGGCUUUGGAUGUUGCGGUUGCCUCCAAUUUCUGGUCCUCGGUUCCGUCUUAUUCCCUGUCUUCUUCUUCUCCGUUCGUUCUUUCCUUCAAAGACUUGACUUACAGCGUGAAGAUCCAGAAGAAGUUCAAUCCAAUUCCCUGUUUUUCUGCUUCUGAUGGUAAUGACAUGGAUAUGAAUACCAAGGUGCUGCUGAAUGGUAUCUCUGGUGAAGCCAGGGAAGGAGAGAUGAUGGCCGUUCUUGGAGCAAGCGGGUCAGGGAAAUCAACGCUUAUCGACGCAUUAGCCAACCGGAUUUCAAAAGAGAGCCUACGCGGUGCUAUCACCUUAAACGGGGAAGUUCUUGAAUCCAGCCUGCAUAAAGUCAUAUCGGCUUAUGUGAUGCAAGACGAUCUCCUCUUCCCGAUGCUCACCGUGGAAGAAACUCUGAUGUUUUCAGCUGAGUUCAGGCUUCCAAGCUCGUUAUCUAAGAAGAAGAAGAAGGCUCGGGUUCAAGCUCUGAUUGACCAGCUCGGUCUAAGGAACGCAGCCAAAACCGUGAUUGGUGAUGAGGGACACAGAGGUGUGUCUGGAGGAGAAAGGAGACGGGUCUCAAUUGGAAUCGAUAUAAUCCAUGACCCGAUCAUCCUCUUUCUCGAUGAGCCAACCUCAGGCCUCGACUCCACAAGUGCCUACAUGGUUGUCAAAGUGCUUCAGAGAGUCGCACAGAGUGGCAGCAUAGUCAUCAUGUCGAUACAUCAGCCGAGUUACAGAAUCUUGGGCUUGCUUGAUAGGUUAAUCUUCCUUUCUAGGGGAAACACAGUUUACAGUGGCUCCCCAACACAUAUCCCUAGAUUCUUCUCAGAAUACGGUCACCCAAUCCCUGAAAACGAGAACAAGACGGAGUUCGCGCUCGAUCUUAUCCGCGAGCUUGAAGAUUCGCCACAAGGAACAAAAACUCUAGUCGAGUUCCACAAGCAAUGGAGGGCAAAGCAAAGCUCAAGACAGAGCAGAAGAAACACCAAUGUGUCUCUCAAAGACGCAAUCAACGCAAGUAUCUCGAGGGGGAAACUAGUCUCAGGAGCAGCAAACCUGAAAUCCUCAUUUCAAACAUUUGCAAACCCGUUCUGGACUGAAAUUCUUGUAAUUGGCAAACGAUCUAUGCUAAACUCAAGAAGACAACCUGAGCUUUUCGGAAUCCGUCUAGGAGCUGUUCUAAUCACCGGAAUCAUCCUAGCCACAAUAUUCUGGAAACUAGACAAUUCCCCGAGAGGUAUACAAGAACGCUUAGGGUUCUUCGCAUUCGCCAUGUCUACAACGUUCUACACCUGUGCAGAAGCAAUACCAGUCUUUCUACAGGAACGCUACAUAUUCAUGAGAGAAACUGCUUACAACGCUUACCGGCGAUCAUCAUACGUCCUUGCUCACACAAUCAUCUCGAUCCCAGCUCUAAUCAUCUUAUCCGCUAGCUUCGCCGCCACGACUUUCUGGGCCGUUGGUCUCGCCGGAGAUUCCGAGGGAUUCUUCUUCUUCUUCUUGACGAUCCUCGCAGCGUUUUGGGCCGGAAGCUCAUUCGUGACGUUCCUAUCAGGAGUAGUCUCGCACGUGAUGAUCGGAUUCACGGUGGUUGUAGCGAUCCUCGCCUAUUUCCUCCUCUUCUCCGGAUUCUUCAUCUCCCGAGAUCGAAUCCCUCUCUACUGGAUCUGGUUCCACUACCUCUCGCUCGUGAAAUACCCAUACGAAGGAGUCCUGCAGAACGAGUUCGAAGACCCGACGAAAUGCUUCGUCAGAGGGAUCCAGAUGUUCGACAAUUCGCCGCUGGGACAAGUUCCGGCCGCCGUGAAAAUCAGCCUGUUGAAGAGCAUGAGCGGCGUUCUGGGGAUUAACGUGACGGCGGAGACGUGCGUGACGACGGGAAUCGACAUUCUGAAGCAGCAAGGGAUCACAGAGAUUAGCAAAUGGAACUGCUUGUGGAUCACUGUCGCUUGGGGUUUCUUCUUCAGGGUUCUCUUCUACUUCACACUCUUGAUUGGAAGCAAGAAUAAGAGACGCUGAUUUACAAUCUAAUUUCUGUAUAUUUAAAUAAAUUUUUAAAAAACGAGAUUAGAGUAAGUAACAUAAAGGUUUGUCAUAUUUUAUUUUCUUUUUACUUUCGAAAAAAAUGUAACUAUUUGUAAAUUUUCUUUUCUUAGCUAAUCCAUUACUGAUGUUUUUAUGUUCUUUAAAAUCUCUCGAUG